AUGUUUGUCCUCAGAAACGUGGGCAAGCUCAUCUUCGGAUCCAGUAACCAAGAGUCUUUGAUCGAACUCCCCCAAGGACAACUCUACCUCGUCCGCCCACUCUCGCCCAAGGGCUACUCCGAACUCAUCUUCAAGGACGCCGCCGCCCGUAUCCGACGCACCGCACAGGACUUCCAGUACCAGCUCGUCAUCCAGAGAGUCUACGAGGAAGGCGAGGCUGAGCUUCUGGCCGAAGAGGAAGGAGAAGACGCCGAGAUCGAUGCACUUGCCGCUGCCGAGAGAGACGAGAAGACCUUCCUGCUCGACGAGGCACUCCACUUCCGAGUCGACUUUCGUGACGGCAGUGACAAGAUCCUUGCCUGGCGUGAUCUGAGCGGUGACACCGGCGACGUCUACGAGUUUGUUUGCGAUAACGUCGUCUCUCCCGGCCAAGUCUCCCAGUUCGACCGCAUCGCGAAGGAGUGCCAAUACGAACGCAAGUACCGCAAGCCACACACUACCGCUUCCGACGCCGACCUCGACCAGUUCGAGUUCGAGGAGGAGCAUCCCAUUCCUCCUGCGAGCCCUAUUCACAGCCCGACGCUGACACGCUCGAUCGACUCUUCCGACGGCUUGUUUGUGCCCCAGACCCCGCCCCAGGCCGCAAACACCUCCGCCGAACAAGAGCAAACGCCCGUCAAGACGCCUACCAUGCCUAAGAAGAAGGACACGGCUCCGCCCAAGUCUGCCGAGGCUCCUGAGGCCCUCAGCACUUAUGCUGCCGAGAAGGCGGAGUUGCACUUCUUCGACUUCCCCUCCGGCUCGUUUGUUCAGCAAGAUGCCGCUGUCACUGCCACUGUCACGGAGGUCGGCAAGUGGGAGUACUGGCUGCAGGUCGAGAGCGAGGACCGCGCGUGGCUCGGCAUUCCCAUUGUAGCCGAUAUCAACCCCGUCUUCAACUUCGAAUUUCUGUCCUUCAUUUUCAACCAGUUCUCCCCUGAUGGUUCGGCUUACUCUUGGCUUCUUCGGUUCAAAGACCAGCCGACUUUGGAGCGGUUCCAAGACGCUCUCCUCCGUGCCUUGUGGGAGCAAUUGAACGAGACCAAGUGGGAGAAGAUUAAGGAGAGGGAGCAGGAGUACAUCACGGAUGCGUUCAACGACCUAACGAUGGAAGAUACCCCCGAGGAAGAAGAGGAGGAGGAAGAGGAUUACGAAGACGCCGAGGAUGAUGCCCAGCGCAGCGAGCACUACGAUAGCGACGAAGAGGAGGAUGACGUCGCUACCAAGGACGAGGAUGGCAACGUUAACUCACAGCUUGCUGUUGGCUACAAGCACGACCGAUCAUUUGUCGUGCGCGGAUCCAAGAUCGGUGUUUUCAAGCACACGCCUAACAACAACCUUGAAUUCUCGACCAAUAUCUCCAAGGUCGAGACGCCGAAGGGCACACUGUUCAGUCCCAAGAAGGUCAUGCUUCACAACGAGGACCGUAACAUGAUUUUGCAGAAUGAGACGGACCCCAAUAAGCUUUACCGCAUGGACCUGGAGUACGGCAAGGUCGUCGACGAAUGGAACGUUCACGAGGACAUUCCCGUCUUGAACUUCGCGCCAGAGAACAAGUACGCCCAAAUGACGCACGAGCCCACCUUCCUGGGUAUCUCCAAGAACGCCCUCUACCGUGUCGAUCCCCGUCUGUCCGGCACCAAGCUUGUCGACUCCCAGCUCAAGCAGUACGCCUCCAAGAACGACUUCUCCGCCAUCUCCACGACAGAGAAGGGCUACAUCGCCGUUGCGUCCAACAAGGGAGACGUCCGCCUGUUCGAUCGCCUGGGCAUCAACGCCAAGACGCACAUCCCCGCCCUCGGUGAGGCCAUCAUCGGCCUCGACGUCUCCGCCGACGGUCGCUGGAUUCUUGCCACCUGCAGGACCUACAUCCUCUUGAUCGACGCCAUGCAGAAGUCAGGCAAGAAUGAGGGCAAGCUCGGCUUUGAGAAGUCCUUUGCUGCCGACUCCAAGCCUCAGCCGCGCCGUCUCGCUCUUACGCCUGAGCACGUAGCCCAGUUCGCUCACGAGACCGGAAAGCCCGUCUCCUUCACCCCCGCGCGCUUUAACACAGGCACGGACGCAGAGGAGAAGAGCAUCAUCACGGCCACGGGACCGUACAUUGUCGAGUGGAACCUCAAGAAGGUCCUCCGUGGCGCCAAGGCGCCCUACCUCAUCAAGCGCUACGCUGAGGAGGUCAAGGCCGACGACUUCAAAUUCGGCUCCGACAAGAACGUCAUCGUCGCCUUGCCCAACGAGGUCAACAUGGUCGGCAAGCAAGGCCUCAAGCGCCCCACGCGCGAGAGCAUCGCCGGCCCCGGAUGGGCCAGGCUGAGCAUGGGCGGAGGACGCAGCAGAGACUCGGGCCGCAUCGGAACCCCGCAGAGCAGCCGGUACAAGCUGGGCAAGGAUGACAUCGUCGACUCGCCUUACUGA